UCCCCCGAGCCGCCCCCCCUCCCCUCCCGCCCGGUGCCCGUUUGAGCCGGUGGGUCCCUCCCCCUCGUCCCUCCGCAAAGUUGCCCGGAGUUGGGUUAGUUGGGUUUUUCCCGUUUAUUUGCCCUGCUCCCCCUCGACACGCCCGCCCACCCCAUCCCACCCCAUCCCGGCCCCUCCCGGGCCGUGCGGGGGCGGUGCGGGAGCGGCGGGCGCGGGGCCGGCCCUGCCCGCGCUGCCCCGGCGCUGACCCCGGGCCGGGCCGCGCAUGCUCGGGCUGGACAGCUCCGGAGAGGGAAAUUUAAACCGGGGCCGGAGCGCGGCCCCGCCGGGCCCGAGAUCAGACCCCGCCGGGCCCCAGAUCAGACCCCGCCGGGCCCCCCGCCCGCAGUACCACCAGUGCACGUGGCGGUGCUGGUCCCCGGCCGGGCCGUGCCCCGGUGCCUCCCGCCGCUGCUGAAGUGCUGGAUAGCUACUGCUGCUGACCCUGCCUGCUGCUGCCCAAGGAGAUGAUAGAGAGUGAUAUCCCGGCCAUAAUGUCAGGAAUCAUUAGGAACUCAGGGCAAAACCACCACCCUUCCCAGGAGUACAGGCUCUUGGCUUCCGACCCAUCCCAGCUGAGUGAGGAUGAGCUCCCUGGGGACCUGCAGUCCCUGUCCUGGCUGACGUCUGUGGAUGUGCCCAGGUUACAGCAGAUGGCCAGUGGGAGGAUGGAUUUCAGCCUUGGGGCCCAGAAUGCCAUGCUCCAGCAGCCAGGUCCUGUGACAAACACCCUGCACUCGACAGGAGCUCCUGGAGCAAUGAUCCAUGUCCAGGCCAGCCUUCCCCAGGGAAUCCUGGGCCUCAAUUCUAUUUCAACACAUGGACCAAAUCAGAUGAGCCCCUACGCCGUGGGUGGGCAACUGUCUCCUGGUUUACAAACGCAGCAACAACUCUUUCCUCCUCCUCCUCCUCCUCCUCCUCCUUCUCAUUCCCAGCAGGUGUUUGCCCUGGCCCAGAACACCCAACAGUGUAACCCAGCAGGAAUCUACAACACAUCCUAUGGGACACAGCCACACUAUUCCCAGCCACGCCUGGCUCCUCACUCUGCCCAGGAACUGCAUCCAAAGCAUUAUCCCAAGCCCAUCUAUUCAUACAGCUGUUUGAUCGCGAUGGCUCUGAAGAACAGCAAGACCGGGAGCCUCCCCGUGAGCGAGAUCUACAGCUUCAUGAAGGAGCACUUCCCCUACUUCAAGACAGCCCCGGAUGGCUGGAAGAACUCCGUGCGCCACAACCUGUCCCUGAACAAGUGCUUUGAGAAGGUGGAGAACAAGCUGAGCGGCACCUCCCGCAAAGGGUGUCUGUGGGCCCUCAACCCUGCCAAGAUCGACAAGAUGGAGGAGGAGAUGCAGAAGUGGAAGAGGAAGGACUUGGCUGCCAUUCACAGGAGCAUGGCCAACCCAGAGGAGCUGGACAAGCUGAUCACCGACAGACCCGAGAGCUGCAGGCGGCCCAGCAAGCAGGCAGAGCCCGAGGUGCCCCCCCUGAGCCACAUGGCCACGGCCCAGGGCCGGAUCCCCGUGUCCCAGCUCCAGCCUCAGCCCAUCAUGACACUGUCCCUGCAGUCCCUGCCCCUGCACCACCAGCUCCAGACCCAGGCUCGCAUCGCCCCAAACUCUCCUGCCCCUGCGCAAACACCUCCCCUGCACACCCUGCCCGACAUGAGCCACAGCCCCCUGCCCCACCACCCCCUGGGACGGGCCCCUCCAGAAUUCCCCAACGUGCCGGCGGACAUGAGCACGGAGGUGGAUGCUCUGGAUCCCAGCAUCAUGGACUUUGCACUGCAAGGUAACAUCUGGGAGGAGAUGAAGGACGAGAGCUUCAGCCUGGACACCCUGGGUGCCUUCAGCACGUCCCCUCUGCACCUCUCUGACUGUGACCUGGGCACCCCCGGCCUCACGCCCGUGUCCAGCAGCAGCGACCGCUCCUUCCCAGACCUGCAGGUCACCGGCCUCUACACCACCUACACCACCCUGGACAACGUGGCAGCUGCUCAGUACAUGACCCCCCAAGGCAACAAACCCAUCCCUCUGCUCUGAGCUUUGCACCCUUCCACAGAUCCCAACACCUGGAAGCAAUGAGAGCUCCUCCUGCAGACACUUGGGAUGUGUCGGCUACUUACAGCGUGAGAGGCCAAAAUAAAUCAGACUGUGACUGGUAGAACCACUUUCACCUGUGGCAACCCUGAGGAAGGGGUGCAGAUACUUGUGUUGUGGGGCUGGUCAGUUCUCCAGAAGGACCUGGAAGGCAUCAGGCAGCAGGAACUUUCACUGGAAUGGAACUGAGCUAAAAGUAACCCAGUUAAGAGAAAUAUUUAAUCUCUGCCGUGAUCUGCUGGAGCUGGCUGGUCACCACCUUCACAAAAGCCAACAGAGUCAACAGGCUGGUCAGCACCGAGUUGGAGCCCAGAAUGGUUCAUCAUGCACCUGGUGAAUCAUUUUCUCUUAAUUUGCCAAAUCCCUGUUGCUGUUGAACAAAGACCUCACCCAGUCCCUGGAGACGUUUGCACCACCAACACUUUUCUGACUUAACUGUUGUUAAUUUAUUGUUCUGAGGUAGGAAAAAACAAGCAAAAAUACUAAAGAGGAAAACUCAACCCCAUAGCAGACAACUGCUGUAUCUAGAUUUAAAAACAAAGUCCUCACCCCUGAGGGAAGUGGUACUACUGAACUAUUAAACUGGCUAGAAGAUUUUAGGAAUUAUGCCUAUUUUUAGGAUUUUUAAAAGAAAUAGAUUUGUUUAUAGUCUUGUGUAUUGUGCUUCUGUCUAUUCUUGUGCUAGGCAGUAUUACUAUUUGUAAAUUUAUUUAUAUUUAUUGUCAUGAAGAGAAAAGAAAUUAUUGAGCACUGUUCAAGUUUUAUAAUGCUGCAGUACCCUGGUUUAUAGCCACUAAAUUAUUCAGCAUCAAAAAUACAACCAGCUCAUCGCAGUCUUUACACUACAUUACUUUAAUAAGCACUUUUGAUACUGUGAAACUCCUUUUUUAAAAAAAUUCAGAGACCAAAUAUUGUCACUGUACCAUUUGUAAUAGUCUGUCUUUCCUAAUUAACAAAGAAAAACUAAUUCUAAUGUAGCUUUUUUAAAAACUUUCAAACCCUGCUUUGUUCUUGGUAACAUAUACUGCAAAAAUGUGAUGAAACAUCUGAAAGUAAGUUGGGAUUUAGCAUUUAGUCCACUUAUACCUCUGUGACCACAGUGAUAUUUAUAUGUCGGGUUUUGUCUGUUCCUGUGCAUUAAUAGAAUUUUCCAGUGUCAUAUCCAGGUGCUCACAGGCUCCUCUCUCCCACCCCCACCCAUGGAUUAAACCUGGAGGGUGCAGGAUGCUGGAGUGACCCAGUGGGCAUCUUUUUUCUUGAAAGUCCCUUCUGUGAAGAUCAGAGGAUAGAAAACAACUGUGCCUGUAUCCUCCCAGCACAUCCAUCCGUGGAAACCUCUUCCCAAGGGCAGGAUGCUCCACAUCAUAAUUUAUUGCUCAAGGACAAUGUGAUUGAUGAUCAUUUGCUGUGACUGGCGUCAUCUAUGAUGUCUGUGUUUUUUAAAUAAAUAUUUCUUAGCACUAA